AUUCUCUCCCCACAUUGCCCGAAGAUCCAAAAUGGUGGCUGACGAUACUACUGUUGCUACCGAGGCCCAGCCACUCUCUUGUAUGAAGAAGAAGAAUGGCCCAUGAUAUCACCCUUAAUUAGCCAUCGAAGAUCGCUUACAAGUUGCAGAAAUGGAACGCAACUCCCAGAAGGUUCUCUUCUGCUAUUGUAUGACCGGUGGCGAGCUUUUGAAAAACCCAGAUGGUUCUGUUGCUUACCGUGGUGGAGUUACUGAAGGAUUAAGGGUUGAUGAGAAUACCAAAUAUGAUGAUUUUGUGGCCCAAGUGUGCAGCAAACUCAAAGUUGAUCCAUCCUCUGUGACCCUGAAGUACACUAUUCAAUAUGACAAGGCCCGCCUUCUCACCUUGGCGGGUCAAGCCGAGAUUGCGAAUUUGCUGGAUUUCAACCAAGGGACUGCGGAUGUAUAUGUAAUCAAGGCAGAAGAGAGCUUACUGCAACUACAACUGCCAGUAGUUUCUAGGUGCUCUGGAAGUGUUGCUACAGAGUUGGCUUUGGAGGACUCCAACUAUGUUGAUUCACUAACCACUGAAGAACGGCCCCCUCUGCUGGCCACAUCAUGGGCAAGCACAAUAGAGGGUGUUGGACAAAUUUUUGACACUGCCGAUGCAUUCCGAGAUGAACUCAACAAGUACUCUAUUGCCUGUGGCUUUGGGUAUAAAUACACGAGGAAUGCUUCAGUCCGUAUGACAGCACAAUGUGAGGUUGAUGGCUGCUCAUGGAGUAUUGCUGCGAGCAUGUUAGGCAAGACUGGCAAGGUGAGGGUAUACAAAUAUGAAAAGACACAUAAUCACAAAGAUAAUUGUCCAACAACCUCAAAGGUUCGCAUGCCAAAGAGGUUGAUUGCAAAAAUCAUGGCAAAUAAGGUCCGCGAGAAUCCUGGGUACUUGCCAAUGGAUAUAAUUAAGGACUUCAAGCGUGACUACAAUGUGGAUUUAACUUACCAGCAAGCUUGGCGGGGCAAGGAAAUAGCAAUGCAGGAAGUCAAUGGGUCAUUUUUGGACUCCUACAAGCUCUUACCUGGGUUUUGCCAAAGAGUAAUGAAGUCUAACCCUGGAACUCUUGCAGUUUAUACACAGAAAGAUGACUCUACCUUCAAUCAGUUAUUUAUUUCAUUCCAUGCUUCCACUCAUGGGUUUCGGGUGGGGUGCCGCCCUGUUCUGUUUAUAGAUAGUACACUCUUGAAGGGAAAGUUUCUUAGUACAUUCCUUUCCGCAACAGCCAUGGAUGCAAAUGAUGAUAUGUUUCCUGUUGCCUUUGCUGUGGUCGAGUCAGGUUCCUUGCAAGACUGGACAUGGUUUUUUGGAAACUUGAAGAUAGCUUUGAAAGACAGUAGAGACAUUAUCUUCGUGUCAGAUUGGAAUGAACACCUCCUUCAGGCUGUUAAUGAUAUAUAUGGUUCAGUGCGUCAUGCUCAUUCUUACCGCCACUUGAGUGGAAGUUUCAAGUUGUUUCUUAAAGGCCUGCAUUUGUCCAAUUCUAUAAAAGAUGCCCUGAGGACAGUCUUGGAAAAACUCGCAUACUCAAGGAACAGGAUAGAUUUCGAUAAUGCUUUGGGACAAAUGCAGUCAAUUUCUAAUGAGGCAUAUCAUUGGGUGCUGGAAAGUGAACCUAUGUGCUGGGCUAAUUCUCUAUUCCCGGGUAAGCGUUAUGACAAGUUCAGCUUGAAUUUUGAUGAGUCUUUUAACACAUGGGUUCAAGAAGCACAAGAAUUGCCGAUAAUGGGAUUUGUUAACCUAAUUCGGUUGAAGAUAGCAGAUUUUAUGUCUGGAAAGUGUACUGAAUCUGCUACUUGGGAAAUUCCAGUUGGUUGCCGGAUUGAUGAUAAGUUGAAAGGAAAUAUCGAGAAGAGUCAAGGAUUUGGUUUCCAUUAUUUUUCAGACUCAAAAUUUGAAGUAUGUGUUUUACCUAACAAGUAUGUUGUCGAUUUACACGACAGGAGCUGCACAUGUAGGGAGUGGGAUAUGAUUGGUCUCCCAUGCGAGCAUGCAUGUGCAGCUCUUAGAAGUAUUAAUGCUGAUGUGUAUCAAUAUGUAGAAGCUUGCUACCUAAAAGAGACACAACAGGCAAUAUACUCAGAGCAGAUGCACCCUGUACCAAUUCAUGAAAUUCCUAUUGGUGCUACCACUGAUGGAAACAGUGACGAGGGUUCGAGCACUGGACUUGGUCUUCGUCCUCCUACUGUUCGCCGUUUACCUGGCCGUCCAAAGGGGAAGCAAGUGAAGCCUGAUCAUGGAGAUAAGAGACCACUCCAUUGUGCUCACUGCAAAGAGGUUGGCCACAAUCGCAGAAAAUGCAAAGCCCAAAAAUUAGCACUCCCUGCAAUUACAGGGAAUGAUGGGUCUAAUUGAAGUAACUGCUAAAAUGCGAAGCUUGAAGACACUACUUGGCUUAUCGGUACCGAUUGACUUAUGUUGAGUUAAAAGGGAAAGAAAGAAAGAGAGAAAUUGCUGAGUUAUACAUCCAAUGCAUCACUUUUCUGAUUUGGCAAAUGCCAGUUUUUAAAGAUGAGUAGAUUCUUGAAACAAAACUUGGGGGAUUCCUCUUUCAUUUGUAGUCACUCUAUAUACAUUUACACCCUUGUAUUGAUCUGUUUCAAUAUGUAACAGAACAUGUAUGUGGAUUAUGGAUCCUUGGUAAUUCUCUCUUGAGUUGUAGCACAGCUAGCAGUGGUGAGGCUUAAUGAAUUAGAGAUGCUUUUAACCUCUGCAAUCAUUGCAAUGACAUCACUGAGCUUGUUAAACCC